AUGUUUAAUAUUAUAAUUAUUUUGGUGUACGUUUUUCAUGAAAGUGAAUCGGCGAAAAUAUUAGGCGUUUUUCCAACGCCUUCUAUAAGCCAUCAAGUUGUGUUUCGUCCAGUCAUGUUAGAACUAGCUAAGCGUGGACAUGAAGUCACAGUUAUAACACCAGAUCCAGCAUAUCCAAAAGGUCAAGCACCUGAAAAUAUAACAGAAAUUGAUUUGCAUGAUAUAUCCUACGAGCACUGGAAAAUUUUAACAGAAAGAGACCACGACAAAGAUCCAGUUGAAUUUGUACGUUUCGUUAAUGAUUUUGUCUUAGAAUUGUUUGUUAAGCAAUUAAAAUCUAGUGAAAUUCAAAAAUUUCUCCAUGAUAAUAGAAAAUUUGAUUUGUUAUUUAUCGAGUCUUGUAUACGACCAGCCUUUGUAUUUUCAUAUAUUUACGAUGCACCAGUUAUUGAAUUCAGUUCGUUUACUGGUGUUUUUUCCUCUUAUGAAGCGAUAGGAGCAGCUGCACAUCCUCUUAUUUAUCCAAAUGCAAUGCACAGAAGAAUUUAUAAUUUAACUUUAUGGGAGAAGAUCACUGAGUUAUAUACUCAUUACGCAAGCGCAAACAUUUUUGAGAAACAUGAAGAAGUGGAAAAUAAAAUAUUGAAGUCGAUUCUUGGUUCAGACAUGCCGGAUUUACGCGAUUUGAGACAAAAAGUUCGGAUGAUGUUCCUAAAUGUUCAUCCUAUAUGGGAUUUCAAUCGGCCAGUUCCACCGAAUGUAUUGUAUCUAGGAGGCUUGCAUCAAAAACCUCAACUUAAGCUACCUGAGGAUCUAAAUUCUUAUCUAGAUUCUUCUAAGCAUGGAGUUAUAUAUAUGAGCUUUGGUACGAAUGUGAAGCCUUCGAUAUUCCCCCCCGAGAAAUUAAAGAUAUUUGCUAAUGUGUUUUCUAAACUUCCUUGUGAUAUUUUAUUGAAAUGGGACAAAGAUGAGUUUCCAGUACUUUCAAAGAAUGUCAAGAUUUCGAAAUGGCUGCCACAAUCUGAUUUAUUAAGACAUCCUAAAGUCAAGCUAUUUAUUACACAAGGUGGCUUACAAUCAACGGAUGAGGCAAUAACUGCUGGAGUACCUCUUGUUGGUAUACCAAUACUUGGUGACCAAUGGCUUAAUGUUGAACAAUACGUUAAAUUCAAUAUUGGAAAAUGUGUUUUAUUUGAAACACUGACAGAGGAACAGCUACUAGAUGCUAUUCAUACUGUUAUCAACGAUGCAAGCUAUCGUCAAAACAUUGUCAAGCUUCGCAACUUUUUGAAUGAUCAGCCGCAGUCAUCACUCGAGCGCGCAGUGUGGUGGACGGAACAUGUCCUACGGCACGCGGAAGUCACGUAUCGGCGCACGCCUGCAGCGAACAUACACUGGUCUGAAUAUUAUGAACUAGAAAUAGUGUUGUUGCUACUAAGUGCUUUAAUAAUAUUUUUGUCAGUCAUAGUAUUAGUGAUAUAUCUAAUUGUUGCGAAACUGAAACAUAACAAGCGCUUAAAGGUUAAGAAAAAUUAA